UCUUCAUACCACUGGAGGUCUCACUGCGACUGCAGACACAUGAGUUGGAGGAGAAGGAGGGGAUGACACAGACUUCAGAUAAUGCAGUCAGCAAGACUUCGUAAUAGAGCUGUAGUUUACAAGAGAGAGACUUGUCAAACAUUCAAAUCAUCUCAUCCAAGCAGAUUUCUAAUAGGCUUUUUAUUGGCUUUUUUUGUUCAAAACCAGGAGCAUUUUUUUCAGCAUUUCGAGUAGCCUACAAGGUCACAAUUGUAUUUUUUGCUUUAUCCCAGUGAACGUGCUUUGUAUUGAAGUCUUUCGGGUUGGGUGGAGAUCAAACGGCGAUGGAGUCAGAGAGGAAUAAACGUCUCUUGCAAGAUGUCCUGGCCAGACCUGGAAACGAUGUAUGUGCAGACUGCGGCAAUGCAGGUUUGUCAUCUGAUUUCUUGGAGCCUGAGCAGGAGACUCUGGGCCAAUGGGAGAUCAGGGAGCCAGACUGGGCUUCAGUGACUCUGGGUGUGUUUGUGUGCCAGGGCUGUUCCCUCCUCCACAGAGGCAUCCCCCACAUCAGCAGGGUCAAGUCUGUCCAGCAGGAGACAUGGGACGCCUCAGAGGUCGAGCUAAUGGCUGCCAUGGGUAAUGAACCAGCCAAAGCCAAGUAUGAACAGAAGGUUCCAGCAUUCUACUACAGACCCAAACACACAGACUGCAAGCUACUGCGGGAGCAGUGGAUCCGAGCCAGGUACGAGAGGAACGAGUUUGAGUUCAUCGAGAAACAGGAGCCAUACUCUGCAGGGUACAGAGAGGGGUUUCUAUGGAAACGCGGGCGAGACAACGGCCAGUUCCUCAGCCGGAAAUUCAUCCUGUCAGAACGAGAGGGGGCGCUCAAGUAUUUCAACAAGCAGGACUUUGUGUAUCUCCCCCAGGCGCGGGACCCCAAGGCGGUGAUGAAGAUCGAGACUCUCAAUGCCACGUUCCAGCCGGCUAAGAUAGGCAACCCUUACGGCCUGCAGAUUACUUACCUGAGAGACAACAGCACCAGGAACAUCUUCGUCUACCACAGCGACUCCAAGGAAAUGGUGGACUGGUUCAACGCUAUCAGAGCUGCCAGGUUCCAUUACCUUCAGGUGGCCUUCCCUGGAGCCAGUGAUGAGGAGCUGGUGCCCAAACUUACACGUAGCUUCAUGAAAGAGGGCUUCAUGGAGAAGACAGGCCCAAAGCACACAGAGGGCUUUAAGAAAAGGUGGUUCACCAUGGACGACAGGAGACUCAUGUACUUCAAAGAUCCUUUGGAUGCCUAUGCAAGGGGAGAGGUGUUCAUCGGCAGUAAAGAGAACAGCUACACCGUGCUCCCAGGCCUUCCCACCUCAACACAGGGCUACCACUGGAACCAUGGCAUCACCAUAGUAACACCAGACAGGAAGUUCCUGUUUGCCUGCGAGACGGAGGCGGAGCAGAGGGACUGGAUCGCUGCCUUCCAGAGGGUCAUCAACAGACCCAUGAGACCACAAGAGUACGCAGUGGAGGCCCAUUUCAAACACAAGCCCUGAGACUGGAGCUCGAGCUGUCACUCUACUGGUCAGCUCAAGUCCCACCAAGAACAGAACAGACAGGAUUUCUCUGCAGAGACCCCAGAAGAACACACGUCUCUACUGUACCUGGAGCGAAGGAACGAGAUGAUAGAGAUGGAAGAAAUAGAUCAGAGAGGAGAGAGAAAAACAAUAAAAGGUCUUACUUCUCCACCUCUUCUGAACCUGAUGCCUUAACCAGGGGUUAGAGGUCAGGGGUCAGGGGAUUUGAGAGGAGAGAAAAUAACACUGAAAUAUCAAUUCCCCUGCUACCGCUCUCCACAUAGACUCUUCCACACUGCACCCCCGCUCUUAGUGUUGUGAGUGGUUCAUCCCUUGUUGUAUACUAAUGAGUCAUGUUCACUGUGUUUGUUGAGAGAAGUACUGUAAUUGUAAUUUAUUGAUUGGACAGUUUUGAUGACAGUGGAUUUAUGCAAUUUCUCUGAUUGUUCUAAACGUAUGCUUUUAGGCAGGGCUAUACGCAUCUCGUGGCUGUUUAUUUUGAAAUAUAAAUGUGAAUGUAAAUAUUUUGUUACUUCAUGCAACAGGGUUGUAAUUGAUUUAAUAUGAACUGAUUCAAUCAAAUUGUGUUUAUCAUUGAAAGACACUAGAUGGCACUCUAGGCCAUUGUCAUACAUCACCCAUGAUGUGCGUUGUCAUUCUAUUGGUCUGCCGCUGUAAUAAACUUGACAGGGAUCCAAGCUGAGAACAAU